ACUAUUGCGACCUUUACGCAUUUAUAGAUAAAAUAGAAAAUAUUAAAUAAUUAUUCACCUCUGAUAAAGCAGAUAAUAAAUGAUAACAGUUUUUAACUGAUAUUUGCUAGUAUACGUUCAUAAGAAAAAUAUUUGGCUCCUUCAAUUUUAUUUUUUAUGAGAUUUUUCGGGAAAAAUGGCCCUAGAUGUAGAUAAAAUAAUCUAUCAGUUAACAUCACCUGAGGUUCUGCAUUCAAAAAAUCUGAAGAAAAUAAAUUUUAAAAAGUCCGAAAUUAUAUCAUUAUGUCAGAAAGUACGAGAAAUUUUUCUAGCACAACCAAUGCUCCUGGAGUUGGAAUCACCUGUAACAGUUGCGGGCGACAUACAUGGUCAGUACAAAGACCUUUUAAAACUAUUCAAUAACAAUGGAUUCCCGCCGGACGCAAAUUAUCUAUUUCUUGGAGAUUAUGUAGAUAGAGGAAAGCAAUCUCUAGAAACUAUUUGUCUAUUGUUUGCCUACAAAAUCAAAUACCCCAUAAACUUCUUUCUGCUUAGAGGCAAUCACGAAACAGAAAAUAUUUGUAAAUUUUAUGGAUUCUUUGAUGAGUGUAAACGACGAUACGACACCAAAAUAUUCAAAACGUUCUGUGAUGUGUUCAACACGCUUCCAGUAGCUGCGGUCAUAGAGGACAAAAUAUUUUGUUGUCACGGAGGUUUAAGUCCAGAUUUGUUCCGUCUCGAACAAAUUAGGGAAAUUCCAAGACCUGUAACGAUACCUGUUACAGGUUUGUUGUGUGAUUUAGUAUGGUCAGAUCCAGAAUACGAUUCCGGCUGGAGAGCCAACGAUCGAGGAGUUUCGUUCACAUUUGGUCCAGAUAUAAUUGAAAGCUUUUUGAAGAAGCACGACUUAGAUUUAAUUGUUAGAGCUCAUCAGGUUGUGGAAGAUGGUUACAUGUUUUUUGGAGGAAGAAAAUUAGUGACUAUUUUUUCGGCACCCAAUUACUGUGGAUAUUUUGAGAAUGCGGGAGCUCUGUUGCGGAUAGACGAAAAUCUUCUUUGCUCGUUUCUGAUUUUGAGGCCACAAGCAGCCGAAUGUGAAUUUAUAUCUGCAUCAAGUUUCUAAAUAUACAAAAAUGAUAUUAAUUAUAAAUUUGUUACAUGUAUUUUUUACCAUUCGUAGGUAAAACAUUAAGCUAUUAUACGACAUUUAUUUUAUGUAUAAAUAAUUUUUUUAAUAUG